AUGGACCCCCAGGGCCAAGGGAGCUGCACCCUCAGUGUGUGGGAUGAAGGACCGCCUCAUUUUGGAUCCAACGGUACCGACCUGGAUGUGGGGUUUCCUUCAGAGCGGGGCAGUGACGCCCUCAGCAGGUUCGGUGACGACGUCUUCCAGCCGGAGAGGGUGGCCGCGGAGGGGGUGAGCGCGGACAGGCUCGGUGCUGCGGACAGUGGAGACGGUACGGCAGACCCCAGUGUCCUGGCUGUGUUCCAGGACUACAUCAAACUCAUGCCACUGGUUGCAGAAGCCAACCAAAUGAGUGAAGAGCUGAAGAAGGGACUUAACAUGGAAUUGAAGGUGAAGAAUUUAGCAUCAUCAGAUUCCAGGGGCUAUGACCUAAAGGAGGUGAUGGUGAAGGUGACCAACCGCAGGACUCAGGAGGUGUGGAUAUGGUCAAAAGCCAAGUUCAUCAAUAGGAAAUUCCUAAUGGAGGAACGUUACCAGCGCUUUCUAGAUGGAGACGACAGCCCCGUGGCUCAAGACGACGACCCUUUCUGGGAUCCCGUCGAGGUCACCCACUUGGGCUCGGCUCACAUCUGGCUCCAGUCGCUGGCCUACUGCAGGAAGCCGGAGGAGCAGGCGGAGUUUCUGAACUGCGACGGGCUGGAGGAGGCCGUGCUGCGUAUCUGCAUGGCACCUUGCUCCCCCACAGGACAAACACAUGGAGGGGAGGAUGUGGUUAUCGACCCUUUGGAGCUGCUGGGCAAGAGGAUGGAUUUCCAGAUUCACAUUGUCCGGUGCCUUGGCAUCAAGUGGAUGAAGGAAGACGCAAAGCGGGGCAUUCAGAUAGGGUACAGAAUUUAUGACCUUCCAAACACCAUCUAUACCAAACCUGUAUGGAAAAGUGUGAAUCCACGAAUUGAAGACACCAUCCAAUUUACAGCCUUAAAUGCAUCUCAGGAGUUUCUGAAUUAUUUGCAGACAAAUGCCCUUAUUGUUGACCUAUGGGGCCUUCAAGAAGGCUGCACCGAGCUGAGCUGCAAUCAGCUGGGUCUCAUGGUCACAGGUAAAGGCCACAUCCUGGUAGACACCAAGAAAAUUUCCACUGUGAAGGAUACACGACAGCUGUCUUUUUCAUAGGCUGCAUCAAACCACAUACCAGAACUUUAUCUGAAGCUGUUCAAGUUAGAGCAGGAGACAGAACUGCUCAGAAACAUUAACAGAGACCUCCGAGAGGAGAACAUGCUUCUCAAAGAAUCACUUGCGAAAACUGCUUCUGGUCAAGCCCAUAAGCCUUCCAACACUCUGAAGAUAAGCGGGAUGACAGCACAACUGCCAUCAGCCAGAGAGGUGAGCCACAUGUGUGCACAGCAAGCCAGCUACGACAGAGAAUUUGCCAAGGCUCUCAAGGUGUUCUACCAAAGCAUGAACACGGCAAGAGGGCAGCUUUUCAGACUGAGGCAGUACAAACCUCCUGAAGAUGAUCAACUACUUCAACCAUUUGUAUGCCAACAGUCACAGAUGUUUAAGGAUUUGGGGGAUCUACUUGAAUCCAGCUUGUGGAAACUGAAAAAUGAUGUUGCUCUUAUAGUGAAAAAAAAGAGAGAAUAUUUACUGCAUAUGAAAUAG